UAUAGAUUGCCUUCCAAGACAUGCCCGCAUAUUGCGCGGUGGUAAAUUGCAACGAUAAAUAUGCGCACGCUACUAGUAUAUCAUUCCACAAAUUCCCCUUCAAGCGAAAGGAUUUGUUCCAGAAGUGGAAGGAAUUUACGCAACGUAGUCCCCAAUGGAUGCCAUCCCGGUGGAGUGCUGUCUGCAGCCGCCACUUCGUGGAUACAGAUUUCAGUUGCAGCCAUAACCGGAAAACUCUGAAAAAGAAUGCAGUGCCAUCAGUGCGUUUGACGGAAUCGGAAUCAUUGAAUGUGGUUGUGGAACAGGUGACCAACAGCCGAUGGCAAGAGUGUGCUAGUAAACAGACGCUGUCCAGUGCCGCCGAAGCUCCAGUCAGUGGUACAAAGGGCACCUGUCGCUUCUGUGGUUCCUCUGCUAUGGACUGCGUUUCGUUUGACAAUAGUUUCGAGCUCUUUGGCAUGAUUCAGAAGUGUUUUCCAACUCUACAAAUCCUGCAGGAUGAUACGCUGCCCAAGGAUAUUUGCUCGGAGUGCUACAAGAAGCUGGAACGCUUCUCGCAAUUCAUCGAUGUGGUUCUGCAGACUCAAAGCGAACUGCAGCGGAAAUAUCGACGUCAGUUGAAGAUUAAACAGGAACCACUGGUGCGGGUGAAGCAGGAGGCCUGCGAGAGCCUGGACAAUCUAUUCCCCGACGAACUAGAUAUGGCCUUGGAUGAUGGGUGCGACCAUGAGCCCGGCACCAACGAUGAAACUGAACAGAAGUUCCAAUUCUGCGAUUUUCCCAUGCUAAAUGCCCAGGACAUAAUAAAUAACUGUGAUAUCAUGGAGAUUAUUAAUCUAGAUGAUCCGUUUAUCAACAUACCAGAUGAUGCGGAUGUCGGGCAGUGCCAGGCGAAGCAGCCCCGCACUUCAGGGGAUCUGCCCACGGCUAAUGAGAUGCUUCAAUCCGAGCUCCUCAACGAAGAGCACAAUUAUGCCAAGGAGGAUUGGGUGCUGCCGCCGCAUCAGUACAAAACGGAGAAAGUGGAAGGCGUUGAAUCUGCCGAACCGCCACCGCUGCUGCUGCCCCCGCCGCCCACAUCAGCUCCAGAGCCCCGCUCCUGCAAGCCCAUUGUGACCAAUGUCAGCCAGAUACCAAAUCAAAUGCUGUGCGAACUGCUGCCGCCCCCAGCUGUUCCGCCCAAGCCCAACAUUGUGGUGCUCAACGACAGCGUGGUGCAGUCCUCGGCCGCCUUUCGUCUGCACAACUGCAGCCUCUGCACGGCCAAGUUCAUUACGGUGGAUGGUCUAAGCCAGCAUUACACCCACGCCCACAGUACACCCACACCGAUGGUGAGUGUGCCACCCUUGAACAUCAGCCUGCCCAGCAUUCCAACGAACCAGCUCAAACUGGAGGCUAGCGGCUGCUCUGUGGGCCUGCCAGCAACACAACCGAAUGAGUACUGGCAACCGGACUGGCAGAACACCCCAGCAGCAGUCGCCGCCGCCGCCAGUCCGCUGCCCACUCAGCUGCCGGCGAAGAAAAAGAUCGACAUACUGGACAUGCAGCGCAGCUUUCUGCAUCACAACGAUAUCCUACCGACGGCAGCACAGCUAACAGCGGCGGCGUCAGCGGCGCCAGUGGCAGUGAAUCCUGCCGCAGACCCCCAACUGGCAGUGGUCACGGCCAAUCUGGCCAAGCUGGCCUUCCAAUAUCGUCGUCUGCAGCGGAAGUGUAGGAUACUGAAGCAUACUACGAAACAGAAUCCGAACCGGCAUCGCUGUGAACAUUGCGGAAGAGGAUUUGCCAGCCUAAAUCGACUGCUACGCCAUCGGCAACUGAAAACGCACUUUGCCAAGCUGAAUCGUCCCUUUGCCGCCAGAUGCUGCGGCUGCCUGAAGCUGUUCAGCUCGCGUCUGGGUUUACGGCAACAUAUGCGCUACAUUUGUCAGUCCCUGUCGCUGAGGAGUACGCGGCGUCUGCAGAGUUUCAAGUGCCGUCACUGCCAGGCCAUUACCUUCACUCAUUGGCGACUCUAUCGCCGGCACGAGCUCAAGUGCCGACCACGCCAUUCCCCGUCCAAGGCAAAGGUUCAGACGAAGGCGCGGAGAGUUGUUGCCGUUCAAUCGCAAUCGCAAUCGCAAACACCAACUGUGACCACCACCUACGCCUGCAGCGUGUGCAAGAAGUCGUUCGGAUCGCUCAGUGGUCUAAGACAGCAUCACAUCACCCACACGACGGAGCGACAGCACAAGUGUGGCAUCUGUCAGCGUGUCUUUAAGCGACGGAACGGCCUUUCGCAGCACAUCAAGGGCUACCACCUACAGCUCAAGCCACACGAGUGUCCAGUGUGUAGGCAUUGCUAUGCCCUCAAGUGCGAUAUGCUGAGAUGCAGACACUCCCAGCAUCGUGGCGGGGCAGGAGAGUGAGCCACGAAUCGAAAGGGAAAUCUUUCCACAGAAUAAAGCUGAAACGUUGUGCUCUUUUGCGAGCCUAAUGUAUUGCUUCUAUAUGUCAGCACUGAGCCCCAUGGAGCUCCAUGGGGUGCCUGCUUAGUGGCCUCACCCUCAAAGGCUAUGAAGAGUUCUCAUUGGCAUGCAGCUCUUGGCGUUAUGGGGGGCUCUGGUGGCCUAGGGCUAUAAAGAUUUACGAUUAUGGAGUAUGCUGCCAAUCCUUCAAAUAGGCGACUGAAUCUCAAUAGAAUAUGAAUAAUUAUAAAAGAAAUCAGUAGUUAAAACAUAUUAUUUGUAUUAUAUACAUUUAUUUAUCAAUUUAUUCAGUUUGCGUUAUAAGUUUUGCGCUCACUAAAAGUAUGUAUUUUGUAUUCAAUAUUCAUAUUUAAUGCGUUAGUAUUGCUUUUGAUGGCUUAAUUUAACAUAUGAAAAUACUGAAAUUCAAACUUAAAUUGCAUAUAUUCCGAUUUGAAACCAAAUUCAAUAUUCAACAAAGGUUUUCUAUAUAUACAAAGAAGGUUGGCGAUAAGAUGGUUUAAGGUUUUUGCUUAUCAACAUAAAUCUAUUCGAUUUUCCUCACUUUUAUUAAAAACAAAACUAAAAAAGAAAACACAAAUAAAAAAUGGCACUACAAUUACAAAUUGC